AUGAAAGUUUUUAAUACAAAGCUUCAAACGGUAGUGAGAGAACAACUGACUGCGGAAGGACAUCCAUUACCUUCAGAAGUUACCAUAGCAUAUAAUUUUGAAACAAACUCAAUAGAUUUUAAAGUCAUCUCUGCAAAGAAGUCAGGUUUUACAUUUAAUGAAGCAGAUGUAUAUUCGAAUGAAAACUUCAAAGCUAUUGCAUGGUUAGAUAAUGACGAUUGCUUUAGGAAAAUAUUUAAAUACAGUGACUCAACGAUGUCAAUAGAUGACCUUCGUGGAAUGUUACCAUCGACGUUUACAGUUGAAGGCUCAGCAGGAUUGCUUACAAGAUUGUCAAUUGGUGGUAUUUGGUCUCGUGAGAACAUUGUUAUAAAAUCCAGUAUAAGUGAAUUUGCUGAAGAAUCUAUAUUAUGUCUUUCAAACUAUAUGUAUUCGCCGCCAAAGCAUUAUAGUAUAACAAACUUUGUCAGUAAGUUUAACAUAAGACUUGUCGAACCUUCUUCAAUGAAAGAUGUUGUGCUACCUAAAGAUGGAAAGGAUGGACUCAUUAUUGAGAUGAUUUUAAUAGCAUAUUAA